GCCAUGUGAAAUACAUCUGGUAAUUAUGAUUUAUUAGCAACUUAAACAUAAUAUUUGUUUGAGCACAAAACGUCAUGAAUGUAUUUAGAUGCUGAUAACUUGGCACGAUGGGUGAAUUGUUGCCAACGGAUUAACAAAUGGCAAAGGUUCAGACACCAAAUAAUAAUGUGGGUAAAUCCCACUUUAAGAAGAAAAACAAUUGGAAACAAUCCCAGAAGGCCAAAAGCAACUACUGUAUGCUGUGUCGCGUGAUCCAUUUGAAAGAUGAAGCUCAAGAUCAUGUGCAUGGUAUGCUGCACCACAGAGAGCUGGAGACAGUGCUGGGCAACAAUUCGUUUCAUGAAUGUCAGGCGUGUAACGCUCACGCCAUGGGUCUAAAUGAGUAUGCUCAGCACAUCUCCACCCCUCAACACAAAGCCAAGUUGGAGAGCUUAAAGUGUAAAAAAAUAAAGCCCCUACCUCUGUUUAAGACUCUGAGCAAUGAGGCCAUGAACCAGAUCCUGGAAAGAAACAAGACCCUGAAAAAAAAGGAGAAGAAAGCAACGAGAAAGAAGAAAAAGAAGCAGGUAGAUGUUCAGAAGCGUGCAGAAGUGCAAGGAAGAAACCCAGUGGUGUCCAAAGCAAUGAUAAUAAAGUACAAAGAAGUGAACAAUUGGACACUGCAAAAGGGACCCUACCAGCAUGGAAGUAACCUUGCUGUUGUUCAAAACAAAGAGAAUAAAUUGUCCAGUGUGCAAAGGCCUCUUCACCAAGUAGAAUCAACUCUGCUCAACCAAAGUGGAAAAUCGGCUUGUUUGUCAGGAGAGCCAGGUCACACUCGACAUUACGCUCCUGUUCACCAAUCAGCUCAGCUGCCGAGGUACGAUGGUGAAUUUUCCGUUAAUAACAAGAGCUCCCAAAAAGACAGACAGAAUGACUAUUACAACAAGCCACACGAUGGAGACUUCACCAGCGAUCACCUUCCUCAUAACGGAGCCAUAAUAUUUGGUCUUUGCCAGAGUGAGGGUUCAGAGUCUUCUCAUUCAGGAAAGGAAUUUUCAGCUAAACGCGCUCCGGCAAACGAAUCCGCCGACGCAGCGCCGAUACGGGAUGUGGACGUCAGCGCGAUGCUGCGGCAGAUCAGACGAGCGCUGGGUGUGAGGGAGCCAUGUAGGGCGGAUCGUGAAGCCCGGAAACAGAGCAGUGAGGCGGGUGGGCAAGCUAAAGCUGGGAGAGAGCAGCGUGGCUCCUUCAGGAACAAAGCCAAGGAAACUCAGAUUCAUGUUACCUCUGCUGCUGCUGCAUCUAUGCAAUCUUCAUAUGUCAACAGCCCUGCUUCUUCAUCCAAUGCUUGCGUUGGUCCCUCCAACAUUGCUCCUCCUGAGACAACAAUCAAAACAACUCAAGGAACGAGUUCAAUGUGUAAAAAUGUGUCAAAUAGACCAACAUUAGCCCACAAGGUCCGAAUUGCCCGUGAGUCAGCCAAAGUUCAUGGAGGAAAAGACGCUGCGAGGAAACAAACCCUCAAUAAGUUGUUUAGCUUAUCAGUACCCAAUUGUAAGUCGAACUGGAGGGACAUGUAUGAGGACAGGAAGAGGAAGAAGCAGGACAAAGGCAAAGCCAGGCCCAGGUUUGGAAUUGAGUUAUCGAAGCGUCGGUCUGAACAAGAGAGUUCAACACGAGCAGAGGGAAAUGACAUGACUCUGUCAGAGGGAUUUCACUGGGAGGCAUUCUCAGACACAUCUUCAGGUGCACACUGGACCGAACUACCUCCUCCACCCCAGAUCACAACAGAUGACAACUCUUGCACCGAAAUACAGUCAGACCCUCAAAAGCUGGAGCCUCUGGAGCAGUCUGAUGCCACACAGGAAGGGUGCAGCACUCACACAGUCGAAGCUGUCUCUGUGAAUGUUGACACGAGCGUAGAGUAUAUAGAUUUGAGAGCCGACAGUGAUACCAGCAUGAGGAAACACAAAAUGUGUGAUGGCAUGUCAGAUACAGAGCUAAGUGUGAAGAAAAAGAAAACAAAGUCAAACACUGAGCAGGACCAGAUGGACCAGCUGCUGGCUGUGUCUCUGAGGGAGGACGAGGUGUGCCACUCGUUGCAGGAUUUGGACAUGUCUCUGAUCCAAGCCCGCAACACCCUGCAGGCCGCCUAUGCUGAAGUCCAAAAACUCAUGCUAUCGAAGCAGCAGUUCACUGCUGAGGUCAACAGCCUCAGAGCCCAGCGCAUUGAAAUCCUGCAAGGGAUUAAAGAAAUACACAAAGCAGCAUCUAAUGUAGAGAAAGCCACUCCUUCACCUGCAGGACCUUCUGCUACCAUGCAGCCAAGACUGUCUCCUCCGCCUUCGUCAAAUAGCUUCCCUUCCUCCCCCCUGAGCCAGCAACCAUGGCCAACAAACACAGCAUCUUCCAUUAGCCCGCUAUCCCUGCCAACCAUGCCAGUAAAGCAGGACAUUUCCCAGCCAUCCACCUCUGGACAAGCCAGUCAAUUAGUCUCCUGUAACUCUGACACACUUCGGGUUCCCGUAAGGCCUCCUGUCUCCUCGAUACCUUCAGAUUUCCUCCCUCUACAGUUAGCUUCUCCUACGAUGGCUGUCAGUUCUGUCAAACAACUCGCACCAGAGUGCUCUAGGUCAUCCAAUCGUUUUCCUAAAUCCUCUCCCAGGCAGGAGAAAGUGAGGUUAGUGAGACAAGAAGUGAAGGUAUGUGACAGCGACUCUGUGGAAGAGAUUGGAGAAGUUGUCUGCAUAGCAUCAGUUAAAAAAAAACUGCCAGCAGCAAAGAAGCCCGUCUCCACUUCUGUACCAAAAAAAGUUCAAAAUGCAUGUGUUGUAUUAGACACUGAUGGAGGGAAUGAGAGCGAUGUCUCUGUAAAACUGAUUGAGCCCUCCAUCCCGCUGGUCAUUAAUAUCGAUGAAUCGGACACUGAGGAAGUACAAACUGUCCCCGUCCAACAGGAGCCUCCUCAGAGCUCUGUCAGUGUGGUCGUCAGUUCUUCAGGCACUCAGAAGUUACAGCAACAAGAAGCUGAGAGAAAAUGUCAGCCUGCACCUAAAGAUCCCCCUGUUCCUUCAGCGUGCAGUGAAGCGCUCAAGGAUGAGGAGCCAUCAGUUGGAGUUUUUCCUAAUCACACUGGCCCUGUCCACGGCCUCCAUGUUCACGAGGGCCGCUUGUACACGUGUUCAGGGGACAACACAGCGCGGGCCUACUGUCUGAUAACUAAGGAGUGCCAAGCAGUGUUUGAAGGUCACACCAACAAAGUCAAGUGUCUGCUCGUGUCAUCCCCUCAAAACACACCGGCCCGCCUCUUCACCGGAUCCAGUGACAAGAAGAUCCGCUGUUUCAGCAUAAAGACCUCAAGGUGUCUGGAGCAGGUCAUGCUGUCAGAGAGAGUGUUGUGUUUGCACUCUGCCUCGAACGUUCUGUAUGCUGGACUCGCCAGUGGAUCAGUGGCUAGCUUUGACUUAAAGACUCUGAAGAGCUUGGAUGUGUUUGAGUGCCACGGCCCGCGCGGUGUGAGCUGUCUGGGUACGGCUCAGGAAGGAGCCCGCCAGGUGCUGCUGGUCGGCUCCUACGACAGCACCAUCAGCGUACGGGACGCCAAGAGCGGUCUGCUGCUGCGCUCGCUGGAGGGUCACUCCAAAACUGUCCUCUGUAUGAAGGUGGUGAACGACCUGGUCUUCAGCGGCUCCAGUGACACAUCGGUUCAGGCUCACAACAUCCACACGGGGAAGUUGGUCCGAAUCUACAAAGGUCACAAUCAUGCCGUCACAUCGAUAAUCAUCCUGGGGAAAGUGAUGGUGACAGCCUCUCUGGAUAAAAUGGUCCGAAUUUAUGAACUGCAGUCCCAUGACCGACUGCAGGUGUACGGGGGCCACAGUGACAUGGUGAUGUGCAUGGUCGUACAUAAGAGUGUGAUCUACACAGGCUGUUAUGAUGGCUCCAUUCAAGCUGUGAAGCUCAAUUUGAUGAAGAACUAUCGCUGCUGGUGGGAUAACUGCACUCUGCUCUUCGGCAUGGCGGAGCAUCUCUCUCAGCACCUCAUCAGAGAUCACAGAAGCCCAAACCUGCAGGCGGUCAAGUGUCGCUGGAGAGGCUGCAGCUCGUUUUUUGGCACACAGCAGUCUGUUAGAGAGAAGCUUCCCGAACACAUGCAGAGCCACGUGGCGAAAGACAGUGAAGUGCAGACUUGACAGCAGCGGCGGUGUUGAAGCGGUUCAGCAGAUAAGGUUGGAGUCUCUUACAUUACAGUACAUUAGCUGAAUCCUUCGUUUCAAAGUUCUUUUCAGAAUUUAGGGUUAAAUCUUUGUGUUGAAUUCAAAUGGGGGGCACUUUUCUUUUAUUCUUUAGCUAUUAAAGUGCUGAUAACCUCUCUGUGUGUACUCUGUGAUCUCUGUGACAGCUUUUCGUUGACCCCUGAAGAAUUCAAAGUAUUAUUCAUUCAUCAUUAUUUUAGUGUAAAAGGAUUUAUUACUCUGUUUUUCUAAUGUUUUUUGUUAUAACUGUGAAGUCAUGACUGUUUUAUAAACUACCCUCCUCAGAAAUGUCAUUAGUAAAUAUAAAGCCACCUUUGACAAACAUUUCUACAACUAUGCUGCAUCGACUCAAACACCUCUGAUAAGCUUUACUUAGUAAGCAGCUUAUUGUGUGAACUGACUUCUAUAUUUAUUAUUUUGUGUGUCUGCUGAGGAACAGCCCAGCAGACAUGGCGGGAAGUUUCUGAACCUGCACAACUCACUGUAAUUUACACAUUAAAGCCUGAUCUUUGAAUAGAUUAUUUUGUCGAUCUAGUGUUGCGCUGCUGUCACAUUAUUACUCACUGCGGACAGAAGGAAAAAAAGGGUCAUCAUUGAGGCAGCAGAACCGGGGAUAUUGUCUUUAUUCCUUGCAUUCAGCCACCUGCAAUACCCACAAUGCAACUCAACCCUCAACAGUUGGUUUAUACAACCACAUACAGUAGUUCUCCCAAUACCUGUAAACCGUCUGUAACGUCUGUCGCUUUCCCCUUUUUUUUAAAGGUGUCUGAAAUGCUUUAUAAUUCCACCACCCAACAACAACUUGGUGAAGAGUCAGGGCUCAAAGUAUUGACAGGAGGAUUUUUAAAUCCUUUUCUAAAGUUGAUCAAAACUUAGUCCUAAGAUUAUCCUCACAGGGCAGUACACGCAUAGACGUUUGUGGAGAGCUUAAGAAACCUAGGGCUAAUAUUUAGCAACCUGUACCUACUGUUUUAAGAAUAGUAAUGUCAUCACACUCACUUGUAACGUAUGAUUCCUCUUUUUUUUUAUCAAAAAAGGUAUUUUCCUGAUAUAGAAAUGUAUCCAUAAUUAUUUCCGACUGUUGUCCUCUGUCCCGUCGGGCGGUUUAAAAUGUGUUGAGCAUCAUCACAUACAAACCAUCUAUUCAUUCAUCACUUUUCAUUGUUAAAUUUCCGAGGUAUUGUAGGCAUUGUCCCCUGUAUCCCUUCAUAUGUUUGAGAACUUUUUUUUUUGGCAAUGAAGUGGUAGUGAAAGUGGUAAGACCAAACUGUCCAGAGAGUAACUUCUAAGAAAGCCAUUUCAAAGUCAUGCCUUACGUUUUGUAUGUUGUACUGUACAGAGUGUAUUUGAUUUGUGUUUAUUACCUACUGUAUGUGUACAGCAAUAAAAAAUACAAAUAUAA